UGCGAAUGUGUUACUAGUAUCUUAUCUCUGGCUUACAUGACGUAGCUCGAAGCGUACGUACUCCUGUAGUAGUAGUACUCUGGUGGAGACUUGGUUAAACUUUAGUUACUCCUGUGGUUGAGAUUUUGCAUUCGAUUCGCAUGCUGUGCCUGUGGCAAUACAUUUCUUCACGCUGUAGCGCUGGUGAGUCACUUGGAAAUCGUACAACACUUCAAUAAGAGCCAUCCCUUCGCAGUAGUCCAUGGAUUGUAGAAGGUUGGCCAACACGCAAUGCACUUCGUUUAAGCAAUACGAGGACCGACUCAGCAGGCGCAAAAGAGCUGCCUUUGCAUACGACUGAACGAUGCUAUCGCUGGCGAUCAGUAGCGCAGUGAGGACUGGCACGGCUGUGGCCAAGGCUGGAGUGCCUUCCAGGUACGGAUGCCGCACAAGUCGGUACAUCACCUUGCAUGCAGGUCGAACAACCUUGACAUUGUCGCCUUUCAUGUACCCCAAGAGGGCGGGAAAUAGGUUGGUCGUGACAAACAUGUCGUGAAACAUGGCAUAUGAUUCGCCCACGAGUAGGCCCAGACAUUUGACCGCUUUGAUUUGCACUUGAGGGGGACACUUGGGCGCCAUCACGCGCUCCAACGCGACCAAGAUCUUUGCUUGUUGAAGGGGGCGAUAGUAGCGAGGCUUGGCCACGUGCGAUAGAAUCGUCAGGGCGUCGUCUAAUACGAUCUCGUCUUGAGAUUCCAUCAGCCCCUGAACAAGCAGUCGAAAGCUACAGUUGGAGCCAGCAAAUUGGGAACAAAAUACGUCGUCGCCAUGGUCCAACAAUUGUCGAACCCACGAGACGAUGCGAUCACAUUGUCCGCCUGCGAUGUCGUGGAAGGCGAUGGUAUCGGCCAGGCAACUGGAGUGCACCAGCGCGGCCUGGCUUUCACUUGAGAGGUUAGGCCAGCUCAACAACGACCAAACCAGGGAUUGCAUGGGGGUGAAUAAAUCUUCUCCUGCCAGUUGAAGCCACAUAACAAGGCGAUCCAUGUGGCGGGGGUGUAGGAACCCAAUCAACUGCAUUGUCAAAGGCGCCGCUCGGUGAUGGGGACGAAUGCCGUCUCGACGGGGGUGCUGAUACCAUUGCAGAAGCAAAAUCAACUCAGGAGGCGACACAUACUGCAGGAUAUGACCUUGUUCAACAUGCUUACACACAAAGCCCCACAAGCGCUGAAUGGUAGAAGUAGGCUUCGCCGAAAACGUGCCUUGGGUUUCCCAUCGACACAACAUGACAACCACAUUGUCCAAACUCCACGUGGGGGCGAGCCAAUUCGAAGGGGGUUGUUCGCUGAGCAGCAGGUGAACUAUUUCAAAGCACACACCAACGUUGUCGGGGGAAAGUGCAGGCAAGUCCUGCGCCAAGCAUCCUGCCAGACACCCCACAACCGCUAACAUUUCUGGACGAGUGAGCAGUUCCAGCGUUUCUUCACACACAAGACCGAGCCACGGCAAGAUGCUUUCGGCAAGGGUGCGAGAUGCCUCGGUGAGUUGGGCCAACAACGUGAGGGCUGUCAAAACACACGGCGUCGCAGCCUUCUCCCCUUCCUCGUUGCUUCUCUGGUCCAGGCCAGACUGAAUCUGGCGCACAACAAACUCAACACCAACGCUGUCGGCAACGAGGUUGGCGGCCAAGUGUCGAAGGGUCUUGGUCGAUUCCACGUUGGCCUUCACCGUGUCAAGGUAAGACGAAUCCGCACCGUAGCAGCACUUGGCAGAUUGGUCACAAGCGGCCACGAGGUUUGGCGAGUGAACCAAUUGCACCAGAACCGUCGAGGCAGCCACAGAAAUGGUAAAGUCUGUGUGACCAAGCAAUGCGCACAACACAUACAUUCGUUCUCCCUCGUCGUCGGCAACAAAGUUGGACAACGCCACCGCUUCCGUUGACGACGUCAUGAACUUGUGGCACGCGUGCAAUGCCUGCAGCAGCACGUCGAAUUCCAAUUCGUCGCGUAACAGUUCAAACAAUGCUGCGAAAUCGCUGGGCACGAUGAUACUCGCGUUGUCUUGGUGGCUGUCAUGCAAUGGCUGGUCCUUGAUGGACUGCAUCCAAGCAUCUUCUGGCGCCGCUCGAGUCGCCGAUCUGCUUGCCACAUUGUUGUUAGCUCGGUCGUUCUGCGCGACAAACGUCAUUGCGCUUGCGGUCGUGGCCACAGUGUGUCAAU